GCAGAAAAACUGACUGUCCAGAUCCAGGCUCACCCACCAGCACCCACCCUGUACCACCAGCUGCUGCUCUCCUGCAAGGUCUCAGGGGACCCUGGCCCCCAGGAGUUCCUGUGGGACAAGGAAGGAAGCCACAAACCCUUGCAGAGAGGCCCCAGCAGCGUCCUGCAUUUCCACUCCUUCAACGAGAGCCACCUGGGCACCUACACCUGCACCGUCACCGGCUCCCGUGGCACCGCCGUGGCCACCUACAACCUGUGGAUAGAUGACCUGGUGCAGAAGGUGUUUGUGUUCCCACAAGAGACCAAAACCUCCCACGUGCUGGUGCGAGCACAGCCUGGGCAGCCCCUGCAGAACCUCACCCUCUGCCUGCGCUCCUACACCGACCUCACCCGGCCCCACAGCCUCUUCUCCUACGCCACCAAGGCACAGGCCAACGAGGUCCUCCUCUUCAAGCCCAAGCCCAGUGCCUAUCAGUUCCACAUCGGGGGCAAGUCAGUGACCUUCACCAUCCCCCCGGGCAGGGCGGAGAGCGAGCACGUCUGUGCCAGCUGGGAGUCGGCCACCGGCAUCGUGCGGUUCUGGCUCGACGGCAGGGCCUGGCCCCGCAAGGGGCUGCAGAAGGGCUACAGGGUGGGGGCAGAGGCAGCCAUCGUGCUGGGGCAGGAGCAGGACUCCUUCGGGGGCGGCUUCGAUGCCCAGCAGUCCUUCGUGGGGGAGAUCUCCUCCGUGUACAUGUGGGACCUGGAGCUCUCCGGCUCGGGGGUGAAGGCAGCCAUGGAGGACACCCCCUACGAAACUCCCAUUUUCGGCUGGAGGAACUUCCCCUACCAGGCAGUGGGAGAGGUCUACCUGAAGCCCUGA